AUGGCUCUGGCGCCACGUGACGUAGCGGUCAGGUCAAUCGUAGUAGCUGUGCGCAAGCGGCCCAAGUUGGUGUCCAAGGAGGCGGAUGAAAACGAUGUGGUGCGCUGCGAGGCCGCCACCACUGUGGUCGUCUACGAGCCCAAAACAAAGGUGGACUUGACCCCCGUCAUUGAGCCCUCUAUCUACAGCUUCGACCACGUUUUUGACGAGACGGCGGGAAACGCGGAAGUCUACGAGACGUGCUGCCGCCCGCUGCUGCAGGAUGUAAAGGACGGCGGGGGCGCCGUCGUGUUUGCGUUUGGGCAGACAGGUAGUGGCAAGACGUACACAAUGCUUGGCCGUGUUGGGGAGUGCCAGGGGCUUUACGGCUUUAUUGUGCGGGAGCUCCUUGCAACCGACGCGUCGUGCACGCUCUCCGCUAGUUUUUACGAAGUGUACGGCGUGAAACUCUUUGACCUCCUCAACGGGCGCGCGGAGGUGAAAAUGCUGCAGGACGAGUUCUGCAAUCUUCACAUUGUCGGCCUCUCGGAACGAGACAUCGCGGGCGAGCGCGAGCUGAGCGAGCUGAUGUCAGAGGGCCAGUUGCUGCGGGCGAGCGGGACGACGCACGCGAACGACCGAAGCUCGCGCUCCCACGCAGUGCUGGAGAUCAAAGUUCGUUUGCCGCAUCGCGAGGGCAUCACCUCCUGCGGGAGGAUGACGCUCGUGGAUUUAGCCGGCAGUGAGCGGGCUGCGGAUACGGCUGACACCGACAUCAAAAUGCGGCGGGAGGGGGCGGAGAUUAACAAGUCCCUCUUGGCCCUGAAGGAAUGCAUUCGCGCCAUGUCGAUGCGCAAGCGGCAUAUCCCAUUCCGCGCCUCGAAGUUGACACAGAUAUUGCGCGAGAGUUUUGUUGGUCGAAGCAAAACGUGCGUGAUUGCCAACAUUUCCCCGUGCCAGCGACACUGCGAGGACACGCUAAACACGCUGCGCUACGCCCACCGCAUCAAGGAGCUGAAGGGACCGACAAACGGGGGCUUGGAACACACGGCCCCCAGGCCCUGUCAGAAUUGUGGUCUCCCCAUCUUUGCAGGAGACAAACAUGUGUGUGCGCGCACGAACGUGGAGUGCCCGCACUGCCGACAGGAGAUGGCAAAACAGGAGCUUGAGGCGCACCUUGCAGAAUGCAAGCAGUUCCCCAUGCGAUGCCCGCACUGUAACGAACGAUUAUUGCGUGCAGAGCUGCCGCGCCACAAUCGUCGCUGCGCCAGGCUUCCUGUUCGUUGCCCUCUUUGCUCCUCCCACGUUAUUCGCUGCGGGCUGGAAAAACACACGCUGACGGAAUGUGGUGCCCGCAAAGAGAAGUGUCGCUAUUGUGGGGUACGAUUCCCCCGCCACACAGUGAUGUCCCAUGAACAUGAAUGUGAUAUGAGGAGGGUUGCGUGCGUUUUCUGCCUUCGGUACAUCAGAAAGGCGCGGCAGGAGGCGCAUAUGGCGGAUUGCCCCAAAAAUCCAAAUCGCAGGGGCGGCCCAUCGCCGCGGUGCCCGGACUCGUCGGUGUCUACGGCUGCCUCCACCGAUGUAGGGUAUCGCGGGGCGCAGGGGCACCAGCAGCAGCAGCAGCAGCAGCAGCAGCGACGCCUGGGUGCCGGAAAAGAGGUCCAACAUUCAGGGCCAGGAAGACGCCUCCACGCGGUCACCGACAGCGACGCUGAGACGUCUUCGUCACCGGCCCCCUCCGGCUUGCGGGAGGGCGUGGAGUGUGAGUGCCCCUACGCCCGCUACGGCUGCACGCAGAAGGUAGCUAGAAUUAAACUAACGGACCAUCUUACGCAGGCGAUGGCCAAACACCUGCGCUUAGUGUCCAACUAUGCGGACCAAAUGGACGUAGAGAACGCAGCCUUACGACGUUUUGUGAUCACCAAUAGUAAGUGCCCUAAUCCGCAUUGA